ACUCAUGUCACUUGUCAAUUGUAAAAUAAAUCGAUCAGCUGUCAGCCAGUCAAAUAUUUGAUAAAAAAAAUAAUAAAAAUAGGAUUUUAAAAUUAUGGCUGCAGCUUUAGGCCGAAUUACAAACUUAACACGAACCCAAGUUGGGCAAUUUAUACCAGUUUUGUGCAAUAAUCAAAUAGCUUGCUACUCGGCGCCACCACCAGGUACCCCUCCACCACAAACUAAAACGACAUUCGGUCCCCUUGCUGAUGCAGAUAGGGUUUUCACUAAUCUCUAUGGUAGACAUGAUUGGCGCCUUAAAGGAGCCCUUAAGAGGGGCGACUGGUAUAAAACUAAAGAAAUUUUGAUUAAAGGAGCCGAUUGGAUCAUAAAUGAAGUAAAAGUAUCAGGUCUGAGAGGCAGAGGGGGAGCAGGUUUCCCUUCAGGUAUGAAAUGGUCAUUCAUGAACAAACCUGGAGAUGGUAGACCUAAAUAUUUAGUGGUUAAUGCUGAUGAGGGUGAACCAGGAACAUGCAAAGACAGAGAAAUUAUGAGACAUGAUCCACACAAGCUUGUUGAAGGUUGUCUCAUCGCUGGCAAGGCUAUGGGUGCCAAAGCUGCUUAUAUCUACAUCAGAGGAGAGUUUUAUAAUGAAGCUUCAAAUAUGCAAGUUGCCAUUGCAGAGGCAUACCAAGCGGGUUUUCUUGGCAAAAACGCUUGUGGUUCAGGAUACGAUUUUGAUGUGUUUAUGCAUAGAGGUGCAGGGGCUUAUAUAUGUGGAGAAGAAACGGCCUUAAUAGAAUCUAUUGAAGGUAAACAAGGAAAACCCAGGUUGAAGCCCCCAUUUCCUGCUGAUGUAGGUGUGUUUGGAUGCCCAACAACAGUUACUAAUGUUGAAACAGUGGCUGUGGCACCUGCAAUUUGUCGCCGCGGUGGUACAUGGUUCGCAUCUUUUGGUAGAACUCGUAAUUCCGGUACCAAACUUUUCAAUAUUUCCGGUCACGUGAACAGGCCUUGCACAGUUGAAGAGGAAAUGAGUAUACCAUUGAAAGAACUGAUAGAAAGGCAUGCUGGAGGUGUACAGGGAGGAUGGGACAACCUCCUAGCAAUCAUUCCAGGUGGAUCAUCUACACCCCUUAUCCCAAAAAAGGCUUGUGAAGAAGCUUUAAUGGACUUUGAUGGUUUGGUUGCAGUUCAAACAUCUCUGGGAACGGCCGCUGUUAUUGUAAUGAAUAAACAAACUGAUAUAGUUAAGGCUAUUGCUAGGUUAAUCAUGUUCUACAAGCAUGAAUCUUGUGGCCAAUGCACACCUUGCAGAGAAGGUGUCAGUUGGAUGAACAAAAUCAUGUAUCGUUUCGUCGAGGGCAAGGGAAAACCAGAGGAAAUUGAUAUGUUGUGGGAAAUUAGUAAGCAAAUUGAAGGACAUUCGAUUUGCGCCCUCGGCGAUGGUGCAGCAUGGCCAGUACAAGGUCUGAUUAGACAUUUUAGGCCCGAAUUAGAGGAAAGGAUGAAGAAAUAUGCACAGUGUGCUGGAAAGGCGUGAAUACAAUAAAUAUGAUUUAUUUAGCCUAAGGAUCACCAUUUUUGUAUUAAAUUACUAUUAUAUCUUGGUUUUUAUUUGAAAGUUGCUAGACAAUUUAUUGAAAUAAUUUAUUUAUUAAGAUAUUAUUGAAACUGGUUUGUAAAUAUGUCCACUAAAUAAAAUUAAAAAACUAGGAUAA